AUGGUCGACGAUUCAGCCUGGAUCUCCUUCGUGCAGUCAGCCAACAGGGCUGAGCUCGACGAAAUCUUUCGCUACCAGACAAACUACAAACUUCUAGUGCCAUGGCGACGACGUGUGCUAUACAAGCGCGGCUAUGCUCUCUGGAUCAAAUCGGAGAUUAUGGCAUUGAGGCUGCUCAUUGGGAAGCGAACCUUCCGGCUGGCUCAAGCCUUGGUCAUCAUUGUCCACUACGCCGUUCUGGCCAUCACAGCACUCUUUUGGACGCUACUCUGGGCCAAGUCUGUCCCGUGUCAGGCGGUGCUGUGGUCCAUAUGGACCAUUUAUGUGGCUGUGUGGGCCAUGAGCAAUGGGCGGAGAGAGCAGGCAUUUCUGAUGCAAAGAGAGAAGAGCACCGCCGUGCCCAACUUUCAUGCUAAGGUUGCGCCACCUCACCUUCAAGCGCAUCAUCUUCCGCACUGUCGGCUCGAAAGGCUGCCUUAUGAAGCCGCAUACGCCUGGACGCUAUCCUUCUUCUUCGACUUUUCCGUCGUGGUCGCCAUCUGGCUCGCCUACCGAGGGAACGAAGUGUUUGCGCCUUUUCCUCCAGAUCAUCACCUCGCUCACCUCAAUUAUGACGACGAAGACCAACACGAGGAUGAUGGUGUUGUCGUAAGCCACCGCGGAAACUCAAGGGAGCGCCUUCCCUCUGCUCGAGGUUGGCUCUACAAGUCCAACACCAACUACUUCAAAUACACGGCCUUCUGGAGCAUCGUCUGCGCCUGUUGGGCCAUCUCCAUGUCGGAUGAGUGGUUGAGUCACCUGAUUGCUCCAGUCGCGAUCGUCAUGCACGGCCUCAGUACAAAGAAGAUUGUCCUAAGCGUGCAUCUCGACUCAUUUGCACUCAAAUUCCGCAGGCAACGUGAUGGCGAAGAGAGCAAUGACGAGGACAUCGAAGGGGAACACGAGCGAGGCGCACGACUCCACCUAAGAAGGGCAAGGAGGCAGGCACGGGAAGCAGCACUUCGACAGCAUCAAGACAGAAUUGGCAUUGACGACGACUACUUCGACAGCAGUGAUGAUGACUUUGAGCGGGAACGCGGUCCACGGCUGUUUCAGAAGUGGAAUCGGCUCAAGAGGCAGGUCAAAACGGUGUUCGACGAUACUUUCAUGCCCACGUCUUGGCAGCACGAGGGACGCAUGCCGGCAUGA